AUUUUAUAAGAAUUUAUUAUGGCAUCUCAUGAAAUCGAAGGGACUCUGACCGGGUUGCUCUCAGAACCAGGAGUAGAGGGCUAUAUAGUAAUAAACUACGACGGAAUCCCAGUAAGAUCCUACCCUGAGAACAAUGAAUUAUCAGUCCAAUAUGCUGCACUUAUCGCUGAUCUUGUUGCUAAAACUAAGGCGACUCUAAAGCAACUAGAUCCUUCGGACUCUGAUUUCACGUACCUAAGGAUGCGUACUAAGAAUGAGAAAGAAGUGAUAGUGACGAACCAAAUAAUAAAUAGUUGUGAGUACAUCCUUAUUACUCUUCACUCGUGAAAGUUUAUUAAGGAUGAUGAAGAGACCAAGGAAGAGGGCGAUGGGGAUGAAGAUAUUUAAUUAAAAGUUCUGGAGGCUCAUGAACAAAAUUUCAAUUUUA